AUGGCAUUUGUUGAUAUCUUCGAUAAAGGAAUAGAACUGUUGAAACAACAAAAGGCUGAAACUAAUGGAAAUGAAAAAGGUUGGUAUUUAUACUAAAUUUUGCUGUAACUCUUAUAAAAAAGAGUGUUUUUUAAGAUUACUGUAGCUUAGAAAGAGCACUGUAACUUAAUUUGUUAUUACAGCGUUAUAGAACAGUUUUCAGAUAGGUUUACAUCUGAAUUCAACAAAACAAAGACAGUUUUCAUCUGUGGAAUGGAUAAAUGUGUAAGUUUAUCUAUUGUUCUCUACUGUUUUCUUUAUUAUAAGAUAGCUAUAAAGUAGUAAAUAUUACUCUUACAGUUGAUUUUGUUUAUAAGAGAAGUCUUAAUGAAUAAUAUAAGUUACGAACCACAAGAACUCGUAUUUGAUAACUUAACUUAGUAAACUGUAAAAUGUCUUAUAAAGACGCAAAGAAUCUUUAGAAUCUUUAACAUGCUUUUUCAGGGUAAAACCUCAUUUAUCAAUAGGUUUUUCGACAAAAAUGAAAACGCAGAACCAACUUUUGGAUUGGCCUAUAAAUUCGCUACGAAAACCAGAGUUAAUGUAAGUUAAUUUAAGCAAGUCUAAAAAAUUCAGUUAAUCUUUAAAAAAUAAACAUACUCUUAAUGCCCAGGAGUCAUUUUUAACCUUUACAUAGUCUUAGAAAACUAAUUUUUAGGCUAAAAUUAAACUUUCAUUUCAGAACAAAGAGCUAGCUGAAUUCUGGGAGCUAGGAAACUCUUCAGUCCUAGCAUCUUUAACUUCUGUUUGCAUUACCACCAAGAAUAUUGAUAACUUGUCUGUUGUCAUCUUUAUUGACCCUUCAAAUCCACAAAACAUUGAAGCUGUUAUAUCACCUUUGCUGAAGAGAAUUAGAGAUCAAGUGACUAAACUAGCAGCUAAAAAGGCUGACAACGACUUGGGUAAAUCUAUAUUUUCACUGGGUAAACCAUGGGUGUUUGUUGUUGCUAAAUACGAUGAGUUUCAGGUAAGAUUAACUUUGAAUAUAAGGAUGAGAAAGGCCUAAACUACAUACAUAUUGUAAAUAGUAUAAGACCGGAUCAAGCCUUAGACAACAUAAUAUGUAACCUUUACUUGCACAUCCUAUAUUGUAUUUCAGAAUUUCGAUACAGAACGAAAGCGCACAAUGCUGAAGAUACUACGAUUCUUAGCUCAUGUAAAUGGAGCUACACUUAUGGUAAGGGUUUAAUACAUAUACUUCAUAAAUUAUUUUAAAAACGUAUUUUACAUUAAAAAAAAUCAUCGUUUAAGAAGCGAUUUAAAAUAGUCAUAUUAUAACACAUGUUUUGUAAAAUUUUUAGAGCUACAGUAUUUACCAAGAAGUGUUAGUAGGCCGAGGGAAAGGUUUGGCUGGAAAUCUUGCCUUUGACACUUCUUUUAACACUCCAAACUAUACUGACAUUUUGAAACCUGAGUUUAUUGAUGCUGGCACGGAUAGUAUUGAAGUAAGUAAUAUGACAACAGAAGGACUGCCUUUUUAACCUCAUCUUUUAGCAUUAUUUUAACAAUUAAACUAUAUUUUAUUUCAGGAUAUUGGAGAGCUGAUUCACGGCAGGUCUCGCGCCACCUUCGACUCGAUUCAAGAUGCUAUGGACUACUUUUUCUUGGCUUUGAAUGAAAACUUUAAGCAACAGGUCGGUCUCGCAGCUAGUGCCAUUUCUAAAUGAUAUUUUUUACCUUUUUGGAAAGAAAAAUAUAGCUUUAGUUAUAUAAAGAGUCGUAAUAAGCUAACUUUUCAGCCAAUUGAACAACCGACCAGUGCUCUAGAAGCCAAUAACGAAGAAGAAAACAAAAAGUUUGCCGAACCAUUGUUGGAUGCUGCUGUGGAGGAACGAUUCAGGGUAAGUAUUAGGUUGUUCAAAUAAUUCGGUGCCUCCUCUCAUAGCAAAUUUUUGGGCUUAAAGGGCACAAAAUUAUUUGAAUAACCAAUUAUUAUAUAAUGAAGGAUCCCGCCCGCAACGUACCAUAUUUCAUGACUGACACUGUAUUGGUCUUUUCUCUUAUAGGAAAUGGAAUUUAUGGACAAAGAUAUGUCACGUGGACAUGCCUAA